AUGGGCAACAUUUCGAUUUUGAUAUUCUUCUCCAUCAUCAUCAUCUCCAUAUCACCCUCUUAUGGAUACGAUUCGUUGGACCCUUUAGGCAACAUCACUAUCACAUGGGAUUUCUUGUCUGAUAAUGGGGAUACAGUCGAUGUGAGGAUAUCAGUGUACAACUUCCAACUAUAUCGGCAUGUGGAGGAGCCUGGUUGGAGAUUGGGUUGGGCUUGGAAAGGUGACGAGGUGAUAUGGGCAAUGUUGGGAGCAGAAGCUACAGAGCAAGGGAAUUGCACAAGAUUCAGAGGACAACAGAAACCCCAUUGUUGUGAGAAGGAACCAGUUAUUAUUGAUCUUAUGCCUGGAAGCCCAUAUAAUCAACAAACUUCUAAUUGCUGUAAAGGAGGGGUCCUAACAUCAAUGAUACAAGAUCUUACCAAAUAUGUUGCCACCUUCCAGAUGAAUUAUAUGAAACCAUCAAUCUACCUUUCAAAUAGCAAUUUUAGCAUGCCUGAAAAUUUCACCCUUGGAAUUCCUGGUUAUAGCUGUGGGACACCAUUUCAAGUCCCACCAACAAAGUUUACCAAAGAUGGACAUCGAUGGCAACAAGUCUUAGAGACGUGGAAUGUGACAUGUAUUUACUCCCAGUUUCUAGCAUCACCUACCCCAAGAUGCUGUGUAUCCUUGUCUGCAUUCUAUAAUAGUACCGUUGUUCCUUGCCCUGUAUGCAGCUGUAACUGUCAAGGGCUACCGGGGGCACAUUGUAUCAAUUCUGAGAAGUCUUCAAAAUUGCAACUGCAACAAGCACAUGGUGCAGAUUCACCAACACCAGUAAUCAGGUGUUCAAAUCACAUGUGCCCCAUUCGUGUUCACUGGCAUGUGAAACAAAGCUAUAAAGAGUAUUGGCGGGUCAAGAUCACAAUCACAAACCUUAACUUUGUCAGAAACUAUUCCCAGUGGAAUUUGGUGGUGUUACAUCCCAACUUGAGAAGUGUAACCCAAGUUUUCAGUUUCAACUACAAGCCCCUGCCAAUUUAUGGAAAUAUCAAUGAUACAGGGAUGUUUUGGGGGAUAAAGUACUACAAUGACAUGUUGCUGACACAUGGAGAGAACGGGAAUGUACAAACAGAAGUGUUGCUGCACAAAGAUAUAGGAGACUUCACCUUCAAAGAAGGAUGGACUUUUCCAAGAAAAAUUUCAUUCAAUGGAGAUGAAUGUGUUAUGCCAUCUCCUGAGGCGUACCCUAGGCUCCCAAACACAGCUCAUAUUGCCACAACAACCCCUUUCAUAGUUUUGUUCUCAGUGUUACUGCUCUCAGUAUUGUUCUAA